GUGUACACAGCAGUGUUUCCGUUCCGAGUCAGCUGCGGCACCGUCCAGUAAACUUGGCCUGUACUCGUGUAUUUUCACGAAAGAAAAAACGGUUUAAUCCCAAUCAUGCCAAACCCCAGAGUUUACUUCGACAUCACUAUCGGCGAUGCCCCCGCCGGCAGGAUUGAAAUUGAGCUUUUCGCUGAUGUGGUCCCCAAGACUGCAGAGAACUUCCGUGUCCUGUGCACCGGGGACAAGGGGUUCGGCUACAAGGGCUCCAGCUUCCAUCGCAUCAUCCCCGGUUUCAUGUGCCAGGGUGGCGACUUCACCAACCACAAUGGAACCGGGGGCAAGUCCAUCUAUGGCAACAAGUUUCCCGACGAGAACUUUACCCUGAAGCACACAGGCAUGGGCUGUCUGUCCAUGGCCAACGCCGGCCCCAACACCAACGGAUCCCAGUUCUUCAUCUGCACUGCUAACACCGACUGGCUGAACGGCAAGCACGUUGUUUUCGGUAAGGUCGUGGAGGGGCUCAGCAUUGUCGCUAACAUGGAGAAGAAGGGUUCCAGCAGCGGCAAAUGCUCUGCCAAGGUCGUCAUCGCUGACUGUGGAGAGCUCUGAGCACCUCGUCCCUCCCUCUCGCUCUGUCCCCUUUCAUCCUGCGUUCCCUCUCUCCACACAGCUCUAAGCAUCAACCUCUCCCUUCCUUCCCUUCCUCAAGCCCCCCCCCCAGAAUCAGAAACAUUCCCUUUAAUUGAGAUUCAUUUUUUUUACCAUUCCUAUCCCUUACUGAGCAGUUCGUCCUGUGUCUGAACUAGUUUCAUUUGUGGCUUUUUAUUUAAUUUUUUUUGCAUUUUUGAUCGUUCCAUCAGGACCACAUUUGUUUAGCAAAUUCUGAAUAAAGUGGCAAAAGAUUCCUUAA